AUUGUCGAUUGCCAUUUUUAUAUUUAAUAUUGAAAAGUAAAUUACUAUCGGAAACAAAUAGAUCAGAUUAUAAAAAUGGAAAUAAACAAUGAUGAUUUAGACGAAGAUGAAGUGUUUGACGAAUCUUCUGUGUUCGCGCAUUUUGAUAACUUUUCGUUCAGAGACACCAAUGGAAAUAAAUGUAACACUGAAAGUGCCUUGGAUGUGAGUGCUCUUUGCUGUGAUGAAGAAAUUAAAGGUUAUGAUAAACUAACUGGUAAAACAUGGAUCUAUCCUACAAACUACCCAAUAAGGGAUUAUCAGUACAACAUUAUAAAAGCUGCUCUCUUAAAAAAUACCUUAGUAAGUCUACCAACUGGAUUGGGCAAGACAUUCAUAGCAGCAGUAGUAAUGUUUAACUUUUAUCGUUGGUAUCCAACGGGAAAAAUUAUAUUUAUGGCACCAACACGUCCACUCGUAGCCCAACAGAUUGAAGCUUGCUACAAUAUAAUAGCAUUGCCUCGUAAUGACACAGUAGAAAUGACAGGACACAUGCAAUUAAAUAAGAGAAAAACAAAUUGGAUAACAAAACGAGUAAUCUUUGCGACACCUCAAGUUAUAUACAAUGAUAUAAAAUCGGGUAUAUGUCAGGGAGACAAAAUCAGGUGUCUUGUUGUUGACGAAGCUCAUCGGGCAAAAGGGAACUAUGCGUAUUGUCAGAUCAUUUCCACUCUUACAGAAAUGGGACACAGAAUAUAUAGAGUACUUGCUUUGUCUGCUACACCUGGCAGCAAAGUUGAAGAUGUCGUUAAUGUUGUAAAAAAUUUACGCAUAGGCCACUUGGAGUUAAGGAAUGAAAAUAGUAUAGAUGUUGUGUCAUACAGUCAUUCUCGUAAAAUUAAUACAGUCGUGAUCCCAUUGGGCGCUGAAUUGACACAGUUGAAAAAGCAAUACGUCGAGAUACUUGAUGGAUAUGCGAGACGAUUAAAACAAUUGAAUAUUCUUUCCCAUGAUGUAGGUAAUUUAACCAAGGGAAGGGUUGUCAUGCUCUACAAAGAAUUUCAAACAACAGAACGUGGUGCCAGACAUCCACAACAUAACUACAUUAUGAAAGAUUUUACGCUAUUGAUCGCAUUGUAUCAUGGUUAUGAAUUGCUCGUGAAACAUGGCUCUAGAGUAUUUCUGAAUUAUUUCGACGAACACCCUGAAAAGUCAUGGAUACAGGCUGAUGAUAAACUCACCGCUUUACUAGAGAGAUUAAGAGACGAUCUCGGCGUUGAUCCCCUCUUGUUAGAUAGAAGUGUAUUACCAGAUGGAACGAUACCAGAAAUACCUCAGAAUUUAGCUUUUGGACAUCCUAAAUUUUAUAAAUUGAAGGAAAUUAUGCUCGAACAUUUCACUAACGCAAAACAAAAAGGACAGGAAACGAAAGCCAUAGUAUUUUGCGAGUACCGGGAAAGCGUUCAUCUCGUACACUGCUUACUUCUGCAAUGCCGACCUCUGAUUGUUCCACAGAUGUUUGUGGGACAAGGGACUUCCGGCAGGGACGGCAAGGCGGCGGUGUCGCAGAAGCAGCAGCUGCGCGUGAUGCGCGGGUUCCGCUCGGGCGCCUGCAACGCGCUGGUGUGCACGUGCGUGGCCGAGGAGGGGCUGGACGUGGGCAGCGUCGACCUCAUCCUCUGCUUCGACGUGUCCACCCGCUCGCCCGUCCGCCUCGUGCAGAGGUGCGGCCGCACGGGCCGCGAGCGCGGCGGGCACGUGUUCAUCCUCGUCACGGAGGGCAAGGAACAUCAGACAUUGAAAGAAAGUAUGCGUCAAAGAGACGGACUAAAUCAAAAAAUAUUGAAAUCUAAAGAAGUUGAAAAUAGCUUAUACAAGAUGAACCCUCGGAUGCUACCUCGUGACUUGACGCCGGAGUGUCAAAAAAUGUACAUAACUGUUGACAAAGCGAAAAAUAAAGAAGAUUCGGAACGACCAAAAAAAGGUCAAACAAAUUUGAAGAGUAUGUUAUGUCGGAGGGAAUCUAGAGGGACAUCCAAUCAAAACGAAUGGAUAAAGAAGAACGAUUUUGAUAAAAUAUACCCAAGAGGUUAUCGGGAUUGCAAUUUUUUUGCGCAGCCCACCGCCUAUUUUUCAAUGAGCAAGGAAUCAAUUAAAGAAAUCACAAAUGUGGACGGAGGUUCCCUUCUAAACUUAUCAACGUGGAUAGAAUGGCAGAGAAAUUUACAAAAGACCAUCAAUAUUGGACAUUCUGAGGACACGAUAAUAUUGACAGCUGUUUUGAAAAUAAGCGAAGGAAAGAAUUCGGAUAUAAUUCCUUCUACUCAAAUUCCAAAUAUUGCCGGUCAAGAUUCACAAUCUCAGAAUGUAUUUUCUUCGCCGGUAAAAAUUAAACCUAAACAAAUAAAGAAAAAACAAAAGUUACCUUUAAUAAAAUCUCCGUCUAAGAAGGACGGUGAUAUUCGCACAUUAUUCAGUACCGCCACAAAGUCAACAAAGAAUUAUACAAAACUUAUUAAUGAUUUAGGUAUACACAAUGAUGGUAAUAUACCGACGCGUGUCAUUAAUCUAUUAGUGGAUCUUUGUAUACAAAACACAAAUGUAACAAAGACUUGCUAUGUUUGUCUCAAUGUUUGCAAUUGUAAAAUGAUACAAAGCAUACGAGAAAAAGAUAAUUUACCUUUUUUAAUGCCUAUUAAUACAGAACCUAAUUUACCGAAUAUUGAUUUGAUAGACGAUUUAAAUGUAGAUUCUUUUCUUAACUAUGAUAAUCAAAAUAAUAAUAAUGAUGUCAAAAAAGAUCCUAAUAUAGAUGCAAGUAAAAGAGAUAUCGAAAACAAUAUUGCGCAAGACACUAGUAAUAAUUUUGAUAUAGAAAUUGAUUUUGAUUCUUUGAGUGAACAAGAUUCACCAGCUUUAGAGAAAGUUAGUCAAGACAGAAAGCUAACCAAUGGAAACACGAAUUUCGAUAUUGGAGAUAUAGAUGACAUAUUCGCAGAAAGUAGUCCUGAAAUGGUUUCGAAUAUUGACGAUGAUCAAAAUAAUUCUAAACCAAAAGAAACUUUAGAUUAUUUCCGGCUGAACAGUAUCGAAGACAUAUUUGCAGACUCAGAUGAUGAACUUCCAAAGUCUGACACAGAAAAUAAUUUGCCUGCACUAAUUAGUAACAGCGUCUGUAAAACAAAGAUCAUAAUUUCACCAGACGGAGACAUUGCAGAGAGAACAAACCAAAGAAGAGCAGUAAGACCACCGAGUCCGUCUAUAUUAUCCGGAGGUAUCAAAAUAAAUAGACAAUCAACGUCUCCUAUUCUUUGUAGUCAAUUACGUAAGCCAAAUAUGAUGAGGGCUAUUUCAAAUCAAUUUCAAAGCUCUACGCCUUUAAACAAUGUUAAAGCUGAUAAUCUAAAAGCGACGAUUAAUAACGAAAGAGACUUAAAAAAUACGAGUGAUAAAAGUAUGUUUACAAUUACUGAACUCGUAGAUAUGAUUAAUAAAACUGAAAACGAAAACCUCUCUGGAUUAACAACGUCGAAUAUUGGUGGACGAAAUAUAAAAGUACAAAACAGAACCACUUCACCGAUAAUAUCUACUCAGCGAGAUAAAACGAAACUAAUGGACACAACAGUAUCUGAUAAGCAAAAAGUAAUGACUUCGCAAUUACCAUUACCUGAAAGUAUUUUUAUUUCUGAUAGCGACGAUGAAGACAGCACGCAUGAGUACGAUGUCGACACAGAAAAAAUUAAAGACGGAAAUACGCCGAAUAAAAGAAAAAUUGAAAUCGAUAACUUUGCUUCACCCUACUUCAAUAAAGAACCAAAUACCGAAAAGGAAAAUCUGUCUGGAUUAACAAUAUCGAAUAUUUGUGAUGAAGGUCGAAAUGAAAUUAUACAAAACAGAACUACUUCACCGAUAAUUUGUACGCAGCGAGAUAAAACAAUAAGAAUGGACGUAACCCAAUCUGAUAAGCAAAAUGUUAUGACAACUCUGUUACCGCUAUCUGAAAGUAUUCUUAUUUCUGAUAGCGACGACGAAGACGGCACAGAAGAGUGCUGUCUGGGCAUAGAGAAAAGAAAAAUUGAAAAUAAGCCAUUUAAAAGAAAAUUUGAAGACGAUAACUUUGCUUCAUCACACUUCAAUAAAAAACAAAAACUAAACAAGGAACACGGUCAAAAGCUAACUUUACAAAAAAAAGUUCUUGCAGCACUAACAUCUAACAAAUUCAAUAAUGAUUCUUUUGGAAAUAACAAUACGUAUGCUAAUUUCGUGCUUACAUCGCCCAAUACAUCACUAAGAUUAAACUUACAUAAAGAAUAUGAAAACACGUUAUUAUUUAAAAGUCAAAAAUGUAACGACACCGAAAAAAUACAAAGUAAGCUUGAUAAACUUCAGAUGUAUCGACGUGAUGCUAAAUGCAGUCCCACAAAUAAUAUUUUGCGAGAUGCAACGAAUACAUCACAUUUAUUGAACAGGAGAAAAAUAGCUUUUAGUGACAGCGAUGAUGACUUUGUUAGUAAUGAAAAACCUCAGAAAAAAUUAAAAUCGAACAAUGUUCAUACUAAUGGUGUCACCAAGAAUAAAAUAAGAAAAAAAAAGAAAGCGAGUGAAUUUCUUGACUUGGAAGCUGAAUUAUCAGAAGAUGAUGAAUACGGAAGUGGUGAUGAACUCACAGAUGAAAGCGUGGGUAGCAUCAUAGAUUUCAUAUGUGACGAAAAUAUCACUCACGAUGAAGAGGAUAUACAGGCUAUAUACUUAAAAUCUGUCAAAAGCCCAGUAAAAGGAGUGUUCAAAAUACCACAAUUCACGUACAAGUACAAAAAAGAUGAUGUUUUAUCACAAUAUAUUGAGGAAAAUGACACUUAUGAGAUGGAUAGUUUUUGCGUGGAUUCCCAUGUUGGACUAACACAAAUUAAUGAAGUGUCCGAGCUGGAGCUAGCUGAAAUGUUGUUAGAAGAAAAAAAACGAAAUAAAAAGUUUUCUAAAGCUUUACCUACGAUGACUGAAAGGAAUGAUGAAAGUCCAGUUAUUAAGAGAAAAUUUAAAAAUGUUAAAAGACAAAUUAGCAGUGAUUCUGAUGAUAGUAGUUGAUAUAAAGUUCAUUGUCCAAUCAUUUAUUGGUCACUUCUAUCUGUGAUAUUUGUGUCUUGUUAAUUAGGUGUACAAUUUUAUUCAAAUAAUUAUUUUAUUAUUCCUAGUAUGUAAAAAUAUUGUUACUGCCUUCUUAAUGGGCGACGUGUAUGUACAUUUGGGAGCUUCUUAAUCAUGAGAACAUGUAAUAAUCGUUUGAUUAUAAUUUUCAAAAAAUAUUCUGUUGGUGUACAAAUUAUUGUAAAUAUAAUUUAGCACUCUUCGUCCACUUCUACUACGGAUCAUGAGCCAAUAUGAACAAUAAUUUAUUCUUAUUUUAAUAAAUAAAAGUAUUUUUAAUAGAU